CACCAGCGGCUUACCUACUCAGUGGGACAUCGGGUUGCCGAGCCGGACGGUCUGCUAUGAGUUGCGUUAGUCGGCAUUUCGAAACACUCGCGUCGAAUAUUGUCUAUCUUCUUGUAGAGUGAUUUUUUUCGAUCGAUAUUUUCUGGGAGCUCCUUCGGUCUUAAGUGAAUUUUAAGUUUAUGACGAUUCUUAUAUUUUGAAACGUGAUUCUUUUAUUCACUGGUAAUGGAGACGUUCACAUAUUCUGGUGCUAUGUCAUCAGAACAAUUAAAUGUCGAAAAAAUUUUCCUAACGACCUAUAUUAUGAGCUUUGAAAAAUUUAAGGAACUCACCAACCAACGUAAAUUACUUAACGAGAUUAUUUUGAGUGGAAAAGCAACAGAAGAGCAAUUAGCGGUACAAAUAAAUCUCGAAACGAUUAUAUUAGAUUCUUGUAAAGAGAAAAUUGAGCAAGCUGUGAAGGAAACUAACACUGGAGAUUUCAACACAGAAAUUAUUACUAUUUUAUCUAAGCGGAUAAAUGAUGUAUAUAUGUUGUUGUUUAAGAAGUUCAAAUAUGACAUAACUUUGGUUUCAAGCUAUCUUGAAUUUUGUUCGAAAAAUAAAAAACCAUUUUCAGAGUAUAAGAUUGUAUUAGAUGAUAUAAUGGAUACAUUUCAUAGCGAUCCAGAGGUGUACAUAACGGGAGCACAUCAUGCUUUGAAUGAAUGUAACGAUAUAGAAUCUGCCAGGCGGUAUAUUGCGAUUGGUAUAAAAUUUCAUGACGAUUUCAAAAAAUUGUAUGUUGAAGAAUUUUGGAUAGAAAUUCAAAAUUUAAACAAAACAGGAGAUAUUUCUAUCCAAACAGCUUUAAAAAAAUAUAACUCUAUCAUUCAGCAGUUCAAAAAUGACAUUCAUAUUCAUAUUGAUUUGGUGGAUACAAUUUUUAAUGAAAAGAUAAAAAUGAGUCAAUUACACUGUAUUAUAAUUAGGGAUAUGAUAGAUAAGCAAAAAGAAAAUGAGUUGAUGUGGCAAAAAUUAAGUAAAAUCCAUUUAAAUGGUUAUGUGUAUAACUACGAUACAGAAAUUAUACAAAAAGUUCAAGACCCGAACCGUAUAGAUUGUAUAAAGAACUGCAUUUGUACAUAUAAUAAAGCCUUAAAAGAAGCUAAGUCCAUUAUGAAUAAAAGAAAAUUAUGGGAACUGUUUUUGGAUGAUGUCAUUGAAAUAUAUAGUUCAAGUGACACGGAUAAUCAAACCAAUAAAGUCUUCAUAAAUAAACUGGCUGAUCAAACAUUUUCUCAAGCAUAUCGCUCUGGCAUCAUGAAAAUGCCUAGACAUUUUAUUUUUUGGGCAGAUCGUAAUCAUUAUGACAAAGACCGUGAAUUAGCAGUAUUGAAAAGAGGCCUGACAGUUUCAAAUAACGAUGUUGACUUGUGGUCAAAAUUGUUUAAAUAUUAUAUUAAUCGUGAUUUUUUAAGAAAUGCAAUGGCUGUUUUAUUUGAGUCUGUUAGUAUAAUAAAAGAAAAAUCAUUGCCUUUAUGGGAAAUCAUGGAAUUUUACGUCUUGAACACUGAAGAAGAUAUGGUUGAAAAAUUUUACAGACAAGCCUCAAUAAUUGUGAAAAUAGAAGAAAUUAAUUUAAGAUUCCGGCCUGAAUAUUUAGAAUGGCGCGUUUUAACAUUCGAUAUAGAAAGUGGACGUCAAAUUUUUAGCAUCUUAAAAUUUUUAGAACCAAAAUGUCACGAUUUGUAUAAAAGAAUGUUACGAUUUGAAACACUGAACAUAAUUGCUAAUGAUGAAAGACAUAUUAAGUACAUGAGAAAAUUGUAUAACGAAGCAUGUAAUAAAUUUGGACACAUGGAUGUUGAGUUAUGGUAUGAUUGCAUACGAUUUGAGUAUAUGUACGGUAUCCCAUCAUUAGUAGAUGUGAUUUUUGCAGCAGGAAUAAACCUUUUAGAAAAACCAAGUUAUAAAACUAAACUAACUGAGAUGAAAACCGAACUUGAUGUACAAUUUAGAUUAAAAAGAGAAGUAAUACACAUUGAAGAUUAACCUAACCUAACUAAAAUUCCUCCAUUUCAGGAAUAAGACCUAAUAGUUCUAUAGUAAUAGAAUUUUCCACAGAUAUACUAAUUAUCUUCACAUCAAAUUAUUAAGUAUCUAUAUUUCUUAUUUUUGUGAUUUCUUUAAUUAAUAAUAAUAAUUUUUUUUUAAAUUAUUUGUCCAAUGUAUAAUAUUAUUUUUGAGAUGGAAAGGUUUUAUUAUAACCUAGAAUUACAUUGGCCACGCAAAUCAAUAUCCCUUUCAAACACAUUUUCAAACAAAAUUUAUUAAAACUAGCUUCCUAACUUCAUAAAUCUUAUUGUAAAAUAAUUUAUCUAGUUUAAUUAUUUUUAAUACGAACACUGGGUACUUUAGCGAAGGAAGGUUAGGUUACCUACUCAUUAUUUUAAUUUUAAUAAAAGAUGGUUUGUUGCGAAUCGGAGGACUUGAUAAGAAUAAUUGUGUAUUGAAUAUUAAAUUGUAGUUCCUUGCUUGAAAUUGUUGUUACCUCCUCCACUACAUAAAUUAUUCAACAACGAAUAUAUACCGUUUCUGAAAAAGUACCUAGUGAGAAUAAUAUUUAUACCUAUUUACAUUUAUUAAAAAAUAAAAUAUAUUAUUUUCCAUAUGUAUACAUAUUAUUAUUAAUGUGUGCUAUUAAAAUGUACAAAAUUAUAGUUAUUUAAAUUAAUUUUUUUCUCGAAUAUCAUAAUUUGUUUGCGAAAUUAUUUAUUAGUUAUACACUUAUAAGCAUCUAUUAUUGUACUUAGUAGUUAGAUAAUAAAUUGUUUUGUAUUAUGCAUUGAACUCCAAUUUUAGAAUUAAAUUAUUAACAUAAUAUAGUAGGUGGGUAUACACUAAAAUGUGUUUUUGUGGAAAAAUAACAAUAUACUAACACAUAAAUUUUAUUUAAACGGUGCAUGGGUGGUAAAAAGGAAUAAAUCAAAAUUAUUAUUUUUCAGGAAACUAAAUAAAAUAUUUCAUUUUUCUAUUUCAUUUUUAAUUUGUAAAUUGUAAUAAUUUUUCAACAAUAUCUUUUAGAAGUGCACCGAUAACUUAUUAUGCUUUUCUGAAAAAGUGUAGGUAUACCAACUUAUUUAAAAAGUCAGUAGAUACUCCAUUUCUCCAUUUUGAUAAUUGUGUAUGCUGGUAUCUAUUUGAGAAGUAGGUACCUGGUAGCAUACCUACAUGAUUGUUUUGGCAUAGUGAUUUAAUUUUUUUUCAUGUUUCUUACUUGUUUUACUUAAAAUUAUUGAUAAAGUGUGUUCUUAAACAAGAAAGGAACAAGAGGGAAUAUCAUUGUUGUAUUACCAUAAUAAAAUGCAAAUACUAGUUUUAAAAAAUACAAUUCUUAAUUAUUGUUUAAUUCAUAGAUGAUGGGUACCUAAAAAACCAUAUUGCCUUCCCCAUAUAUUUAAUUCAAAAUAACUGUUAGUAAGUUAUCCAUUAAAAGAUAUUUUAUGGCUAUUAUUACUUAUUUAAUACUACUAUGUAAUAUCUGUGUACUUAAAUGUUUAACUAAUAAAUAUACUACUAAAAAUCAUUUAAA